GCGUGGAUAAGUUGUUUGAAGUGAAACAUCGAUACAUCCUGUCACAAUACUUUUGCUUUGAAACGUCAAUACUGUGGAGAGUUGUUUGUGUAACAUCACUACUCUACAAUUUGGGAGUCGUGAAAAGGUCCAUCAGCGACUAACUACCAACACACCACAACUUUUCUCAGGAAGACGGUUCCUGAUUGAAGUUAAUGCUAUUCGUAAGCUAGAAGGGUCCGUUUCGACAAGAACACGUACCGUUAGCUACUAACGUUAGAUAGCUAACGCAACUGGCUAAUUAAGCUGUACUUCGUAGUUUUUUUGCUCACUGAGGAAUGGAGAAAGCUAAACAAGAUGCAUACGACAAUGCCAGACUUCAAGUGAUCAAAGAUGGCUAUGAGAGGGCCUUUGAGUGCAUCAAUAAAGGACUCACUUUAGACGAAGCUGGAGACAAGGCACAGGCCCUGGAGCUGUACAAGCGAGGGCGACAACACCUUCUCAGGGCCAUCAGUGUGCCCUCAAGGGGGGAGGAGUGUGUCGGCAGCUCAUGGGAAUUAGCCAGACAGAUGCAGCAGAAGAUGCAGGAGACGCUGAACAACAUCACCACUCGCCUGGCCAUACUAGAGACCAGCUCUGACCUUGGAUCAGCACCUACACUGAACGCUAGCUGUGUGUCUGGCCCUGAUGCUACAGACAUGUCUGCAGAAGGUCUCUACCCAAAACUUCCCAUCAAAGAGAAGCCAGAGAGGCCAGCUCCCCCAAACCCACUUUCUGCUAAUGGCCAGGCAGCAGGAGCUGUAGGAGGCAUGCCUGCAUUCAGUAGUGAGGGUCUACCUCUCUCACCUACCAGACAGCCUGUGGUUCCAGCCGAACAUCCUCCAGCUUACUCUCCUCAGGCGGCUGACGGCCACGUAUCUAUCUCAUAUGGAACAGAUGCAGGGGAAAUGUCAUUGGUUGGGGAUGAGUUCUACAGUCGUACAUCUAACUCAACACCAUCUCCCCAGAGUAUGGGUGAAGAGGGAGAGGAGGUGCUGUAUAUCCCUCGUGGUGUACAGAUAUUCUUUGUCACGCCUGAAGGGCAGGUGAGCGCUCCGUCGUACCCGGGCUACCUGCGGCUGGUGAAGUUUACUAGUGAUCACUCUGACAGAAUGCCCAAUCGACCACCAGCAUUUCUGCAGGUGUGCGACUGGCUAUACCCUCUCAUGGCAAUGGACUCUCCAGUGUUGCUGUGUAACACUGGUGUGUUUAUGUUUCCGGACAUGAUGGCGCCAGCUCCAGGCUAUUAUGUCGGGGUGGUGUUGUCCUCUGAGCUGCCUGCUGCAGACAGAGCGCUGUUCCAGGAUCUGCUGUCCCAGAUGACAGAUCUCAGGGUUCAGGCUCCAGAUGAAGCUGCAGACACCAUUAAUCUCAGUCAGAAGGUGGCCAUCGCUACAUCUGAUGAGACUGAACCAGCAGCGACAGAGGAGGAUAAGGCUCUGCCCGAGUGGAGUGAAAAGGUGGCAAGUGGGAUCCUGACAGGUGCUUCCUGGCUAAGCUGGGGCCUGGUGAAGGGAGCUGAGUUCACAGGCAAGGCCAUUCACAAAGGGGCAUCUAAACUCAGAGAACACAUCACUCCAGAGGACAAACCCACCCAAGUCAGCCCCACAGUCACCAAAGGCCUCCAUGUUGCCAAGCAAGCGACAGGGGGAGCUGUCAAAGUCAGCCAGUUUCUAGUGGACGGGGUGUGUACGGUCGCUGGCUGUGUGGGUCGAGAGUUGGCUCCACACGUGAAAAAACACGGAGGCAAGCUGAUCCCAGAGUCUAUGAGGAAAGACAAGGAUGGGCGUUCCAACAUAGAUGGAGCCAUGGUGGUAGCUGCCAGUGGAGUGCAAGGAUUUGCAACCAUGUGGACUGGUUUGGAAGUAGCAGCAAAGAACAUUACCACGAGUGUAGCAUCAGAGACAGUCACCACCGUAAAACAUAAGUACGGGGCAGCAGUAGGACAAGCCACAGACCACGCUGUCAAUUCUGCCAUUAAUGUCGGUAUCACUGCCUUCAAUGUUGACAACUUGGGGAUCAAAGCUGUGGUGAAAAGGACUGGCAAGCACACAGCGCAGGCCAUUUUGGAAGACUACAACCUUCAGGAAAAACCAGAGAGCGAGAAGCAAGUGGAGAAAUCUGACAAAUAGACGGUCGUGCCCUGCCUCAUUCCCUCAGCAAUGCCUUAAAGCAUAAUUUGUAUUCUUCUAUCAAAUAACUCAAUAUUUGAUACUCAUAAUUUAUAAAACAUGAUUUAUAUUUACAAGAUUAUUAUUAUUAUUAUUAUUACUAUUAUUUGCAUAUCCUAUAGUUUGAUACAGCUCUUAAGCACUUUAAUCUUUAUUUAAAAUAAGGUAGAUGGACCUAAAUGAAGAAAAACAGCAGAUUAUAUAUAACCCAAAUUAAAACAUUAAUUUUGGGUUUACAUUAUAUUGACACGCUAUAACAUUCAGGUAUUAUCACUUAACCUUCAAGAUACCAGUUUAACUCUGAUCUUUGUACUAAGAAAGCAUUGAAUUGUUGUUGACUAGACACUGGAAUCUUUCUUGUUCAUGAAGCAUCUGUGUGUUAAUUUAUAUACUUUGAAUGAAUUAUUAAAACAUAUUGUGUGUGUGUGUCAGUAUUUUCAGAUAAACUGUUUCAGACAAAAUUAUGUUAUGCAUUUUUGUUGGACCCUCAAUACGUAGCAAGAGAAUGUUUGCCGUCUCCUAUGAAUGAGGGUUACUAAAAUGUUAAUGCUGACUGCAAGUCUGACGAGUCAAACUGUAAAAAUGAUUAUAUAUUUGUGUUUGUCAACAAUCUGCAGUGCUGUCUUCUGCAUUUUAGUUCAACUGUAUCCACAUAUCUUCAAAAUGUUAAUGUUUAUAGCAUUUAAUAUAAAAAUCUAGAUUUUAUUAUUUUGAUGUAUGGACAAAACAUUUAACAAAAUGUGAAUUUUGAAGUGUGAUGCUAUUUUUGUUUCCAAACCAGCUUAUUUUAUUUUUGAUCUGGUUUGUCUCUUUCUAAACUCGAGCUUUAAGACCUCAGCAGGUAAAUGUAAUUUUCAAAUAGUUUUCAAGUACUCUAGUUGACCAUUGAGAUUUUCUUCCCACCAGAAAUACUUACACUUUUCUGGGAAAAAAAUAAACUAAAGAAACAAGAAAUUCAGUAUUUUUGAAGAAUUUAGGAUUCAUUGCUAUCUAUUUUGUACUCUGCGUUAAGAGCAGGCUGGAUUUGAGCAGUUUUAUUCAGUUUAAAUCCAGUAAAGACUAUCUUGAAUCUGUCAGCUUAAUACCUCCAUCUAGUGGCUGUAUGUUUUACCACAUGUUAAUUACCACAGUAUUUUUAUCAUACUGAUGGUUUAUUCUGUAAAUUCUUUUUCUUAUAAAUAGGAACAGCAACAUUUCUUGUCCAACCAGGGUUAGAGUAAUCACUCUGUACCAAGUGUGAAAGAGUUAAAUUUCAGAAAUUAAGAAUGGAAAAUAUUUUAGAAAGAAUUCAGAAAUUCAAAUCAGUAUGUUUAUAAAUUAUUCCAUUAUUUUUAGGGAGGCUUUAUGGGAUUUUUUGUGCUUCUGAGUCAGUUGAAUUUCACUCAUAUAAAUUCAUGUUAUUAAAAUCCUGAAAGUA